UGUUUAAAGUCAAUACAAAGCCUAAAUUUGAACCUUUUCCACAAAGACAUCUGCCUACACCGCAUUUGACAACGUCAAUUCUGAAAAAGAAGAGCAUACGAUAUCGCGUUAUCAGGAAUUUAAUCUCAAUUGGAAGAACGACUAGAUAAUACAAUAUCUACCGAGAUGGCACGAGAAUUUUGCCUAAUUGGUGUGCUGAUAGUGGCGGCGACGGCGGUGGGCCUGAAAGCUGAUCCCAGGGUGAUGGCAGAGCUUGAGGGCACACACGCAGAAAGCCUGUCUCUGCAAGACGAUAUAUACAACAGCCUUGUCAUCGCCGUUGGUGGAGAUCCGGCGGAAAAUAUCUCUGAAUUUCUUAUGAAUUUAAUGAAUGUGGUACAGGAUGCUUCAGUCGCUCUUGCCGAAGCGACCGACGGCCGGAUUGAGUUUCGAAAGAUGACAGUCCUUUUUCCCGAACAUUGGGAAAUUCCAUCAACGAUUUUACAAACCUACAAAGUCGAGAACGUGUACCUGGCGAGCGCCAAGAGCCCUCAUCUGGUGGUGGCCGACGAGCACCCGGUCAUCGCGGCGCGGGCGUGGACUCAGCACCGUCUGCCUUGCGGCCAUCCCGGGGACUUCAUCUUUCUGGAGAGACCCUUCCUGAACGGCAGCUCCGAUUCCCGAAGAGGAAAGAGGCUCGCGCAGGAGUGGGCGAAAUACCGCUGGGGCGUCUUCGAGGAACACGGGUAUAAGGGCGACACUCUCUAUCCUUUCAGAAGAGAAAGCACAGAAGCAGGAAAGGAGGAGAAUAAUCUAUGCCUGAACGAAGGGAACUGGCUGACAUCAACGUCUUCUCUCCUAUCUCUGGCGGACAACUACGGGGACGAUGAGUGGAAAAGGAUCAGCCUGUUCUGUAACUCAGAAAGUCACGUAUUCACCGAGUCUCGCCACAAUAACCUUUGUCGGGGAAAAAGUGCGUGGGAGAUCAUGGAAAAUCAUGCAGAUUUUGUUGGUGCAAAAGACGAUUCCAGCGAACCAUCCGGAGAACUAAUUAACGUGGAACAUUUACGGCGAGAGUACAUUGUCCUCCUGGUGGAAUACACAGACGACAUGGUGAAAGUGCCUCAUAAGUGGGAGUACCUGCAGGACAGUCUGGUUCAGUACCUGCUUCAUGAUCUCGCAUGGGGAACCAAGGUGUGGGUGAUGGCUUUCGCCUCUGACGUCCACCUGGUUGCUGAGGUCGCGCUCACCUCCGGCGGCGCGCGCCAGGCUGCGGCCGAAGCGCUGCGCCAGUUCGCGAACGAGACCAAUCCCGGGCCUUGCCGCGACCUGCAGAUGGCUAUUGGCGAGGCAGCCACGGUGUUAUACUCCAACAAGCUUGCGCGUGACCACGGCAAGAUCAUUUUGAUCACGCAGCCUCCGGAGAACAGCGAUUCUACACAGUCCUUCUUCUGUCGCGAGAUGAACGCCGUGGACCUCGGCUCGGCUCAGAGCGGCCGACAGGUGAUGUCGAUCCUAUACACCAGGACCGAAUCCUCAAAUGCCACCUGGUACGAUACAAUGGCGUUGAAUCCCCCAGGAGAGGUUCUGGCCGUGGAAGAAGACCCAGUUUCCUCUAUCACACUGUCUAUGAAGAUGCAACUGCUAAAGUACCUGCGCGAACUGGACAAGGCCUCUUUUCACGACAGGCUCAUGCUGGAAGUCCUCCUAACCGAAGGGCCCGGAUGUGUUUAUAACUUCACUUUAGGAGACGAGCUGUCACCUUUCCCAGCAGAGGGUUUGCUUGUUAUUCACCGUGAAAGCGUUUCCCCUGUGACGGUUUUCCUUCGCAAUACCGAGGGCGAUCAAACCCUUUUGCUCGGGCAGCCGGAGCUCCUUGGCACAGCUGAUCUGUUCCCAGUUUUGUUCACCAUUCCAGGAAUUUGGAAUUUCAUACUAGAGUCCACGGAGAACGACUGCACGAAUCUGUCCCCCCAAAUGUUUGUGAACAGAAAAUCGGGUUUUGCUGACGUGCUGGACAUGGGCGCCCUCGCCCACCUGGCUGAGCCUGUGCCGGAUGAACCAGACUUGGCUCGGCAAGGUACAGUGGGACACCCGUCUGCCUUGUCACGUUGGCCAGGACUAGGUGGGGCAGAGGCGGGGAGUCCGUCGGUGGAGGACGCCAUGGUGUUGGACGUCCGGGUGUCCGCGCCUCUGCAGGACGUCGCACUCGGGAACACUUCUGACCCUGUGGUGAUGACGGCCAGGGUGACCAAGGGCGGGAAGGCAGUCCUCGGCGCCGUCGUUGUCGCAACGGUGACGGAGUGCAGCCUCGACGGCGAAGGUGGCGACGCCGACUGCGAGACCAAGAUCCCUCUGUUUGACAACGGCAGCGGAGCUCCCGACGCCACCGGAGGCGACGGCGUGUAUUCGGCGUACUGGCACUCCCCCAGGGACCGCGGCUUCCCCCUCGCCUUCGCCGCCGUCGUCACAGCAGCGACGGGAGAGAACGCCACUGUGCUCGAGGUUCCUGUCGCCGAAUGCUGUCCGUCGACUCUGCCGCGAAGCAACGUGACGUCGCUGGGGAGCUUCGAGGCGAGCCGCGUCGUGAGGGCAAGGGUGACGAGCGGUGGGACGCUGCCCCCCGCUAGGGUGUCGGAUCUGACGGCGACUUGCUCUGCCUGGAGCUCCACGAGCGCCAAAGCCAGCGUCAGGUUCAUGUCGCCCUUCAUAGUAAAUAAAUCAACAGGACAGAGCUACGGCAUCUGGUUCUCUGCCAGCGCUGACGUCAACACGACCGACCAUCCUAACAUCGAGGAAUGGUGGCGUGGCUCACCCGGCGAUGCCAUUGAGCAGAUCAUCUCGCUGCAGUGUGGCUCCACGUUCUUCUUCCUCGUGGUGGGCACGUCGAGCAAUCUCGUUGGGGAGGACUCCAACCUGGCGCGGGCCUACUGUCCCUGCGCGCCGGCCAGCGACUCGCCCGUCGUGGCCAUCGUCCUGGGCGUCGUCGGAGGCAUCGCGCUCAUGGCGGCGAUUGCGCUGUCAGUCUUCUACCGUGACAAGAUUUCGCAGAUUUUGCAAACACAUUGCAAAAAGAAGCCAAAUCGCGUUGCUGAGCCAAAUCGCGUUGAUGAGCCAAAUCGUGUUGAUGAGCCAAAUCAAGAGCCUAUUUACGCUGACAUUGACGAGCUCGCUAUGAGCAUUCGAUAUGUGCGAAGCAAUCAGUCCUCCUCGUCUUCGCAGUCCGAAGCCGUCUAUGCCAAUACGUAGUUUUCAGGGCAAAGGUAAUAGAGGGAGAUGAAAGGACUGGUAGCUGCACUGUAGUGUAUGUGUGCGAGCGCCCGUGCAUGUGAGUGCAGGUCAUUGAGAGCCACGCCAGGCAUAACGCUGACGCUAAAGUUAAAUCAAAAGGUUUUGAUAUGAUGAAACUGUGCGGUUUGCUUCGUGGUGAAAAAUACGCACUAUCAAAUUUUAUAAAAACUGGCGAGUGCAUAGAUGUCGAAGAUAAUCAAUGGAAAACAAUACUUUAUUUCUACGCCAGGCCCCAGCCUACCCUCCCUUCUUGGGUCCUGAGUAUGUGUAUAUUUAUAGGGACGUGUCUUUGUGUAUCCAUACGUGUGUGUGUAUUCCUUGUGUUUUUGUUUGUUUUGUAUUCGUCCGCGAGCGUAGGUGCAUUUUUCUUCGCCUCAGUUAAGUGAUCGACCGCUCUUUCAUAUUGUUCCAGUAGAGCCUAUCCUCUGCAGGUCCUACCUUUAGGUUCAUUGCUUCACGUCCCUCUCCAAAUCAUCUCUCUAAAACUGUCUCCCUCUUGAUCUCCUCUCAUCCGCACGUCUGCUCAAUGCCUCCUUCACUGUCUAUCCACGUGUCCGUACCUUAGGCAAGCCUCGCUCGCCUUUUUCCAUGCUCGACGCCGCCUCAACCUGCCCUUCCAUGUCCAAGGGUCUGUAUCAGUAUAUACGUGACGAGACGCAGCCUGCGCUUGUCUGCUCUCUCGGGGAUACUCCCGUCAGCCGCCGUAGCACUCUCACCUCCGCUCUCUCUAGCUGCUUCUCACUCCACAUUACCAUUCGUAUGAUCUUACAG